UUUCCAUAAAUAAAUAGUCAUGCUUACAGAUUUAGAUACAUCUUAUACUUUCUCCUUCCACAUAAGGGUUAAAAAGAAAAAGAAAAAAAGAAAAAGAAAAUGGGGACACUUCCUUCCUCAUUCAGCCUAACACACGACCUACCGUCGUUCUCACCAAUGCUUCACCUCCAUCCGAAGCCUCGGACCGCCCGAACCACCUUCGUAACCUGCAAAGCCGCCGACACAUCGAACCCCCGGCCCGCAAAAAUCGAGCCCAAAACCGCGGCCCGCGAAAAUCGAGCCCAAAACCCCCGGCCCGCGAAAAUCGAGCGCAAAAUCUCCGCCCGCGAGAAAACGAGCCGGCCGCCGCCACUCGCUCGACUCUUCGACUCCUUAGAUGAGCUCAUCCACAAGCACCUCGACCCGCCCGUGCUCCCUCCCCCGCUCGACCCGAAACUCGUCCUCGCCGGAAACUUCGCCCCCGUGGCCGAGCUGCCGCCCACCGCCUGCAACGUGGCGGAGGGGGCCCUACCACGGGCCCUCGACGGGGCAUACAUCCGAAACGGCCCGAACCCGCAGUUCGGGCCCCGCGGCCCGCACCAUUUAUUCGAUGGCGACGGUAUGCUCCAUUGUAUUCGGAUCUCGGGCGGCCGGGCCACGCUUUGUAGCCGUUUCGUGGAGACACGAAAGUACCAAGUGGAGAGGGAAAUGGGCUCGCCGGCCGCGACGGGUUUCUUCUCGUCCGGGACGAAGAUUUGGGCCAUUGCGGCCCGAAACAUGGUCGAUUUGGCCCGUUGGGCCACGGGACAGUACAGCGGGAUUGGAGUGGCGAACACGAGCGUGGCCCGACUCGGGGGCAAGCUCUUUGCUCUAUAUGAAAGCGAUAUUCCGUACAGAAUAAAAGUGACGAGCGACGGUGACAUAAUCACCCUUGGCCCACACGAGGACUACAGUGGGCCCGAGCGCAAGAUGACGGCCCACCCGAAAGUCGACAAGUUCACGGGCGAGUCGUUUGCCUUUCGGUGCGACUACAUUCGUCCUCCAUACCUCACCUACUUCACGGUCGACGCCAACGGCACCAAACGACCCGACGUGCCCAUAUUCUCCUUAAAGGAAGCCUGCAUGAUUCACGAUUUCGCCCUCACCAAAAGCCACGUCAUAUUUUCCGACUCGCAAAUCGUGAUAAGGCCGACCGAGUUACUUAAAGGCAAGCCUCCCGUGCUUGUUGACCGGUCAAAGGUUCCGAGGCUCGGGAUUUUGCCACGUCACGCGGCGGACGAUGGGGACAUGUGGUGGGUGGAGGCGCCGGGCUUUAAUGCCUUGCACAUGGUGAACGCGUGGGAGGAGGACGGUGGUGACACUAUAGUGUUGGUGGCUCCGAAUUUGUUGGAGCCGAACCAUGUUAUCAAUGGGUUGGAUUUGGCGGUUCAAGUGUCGAUGGAGAUGAUUGAGAUCGACGUGAAGCGGAAGAAGGUGGAGAGGCGCCCGGUUGCCGGCCAAUCGGUUGAUUUCGCGGUCAUCAAUCCGGCUUACGUCGGCAAGAAAACCAAAUAUGUUUACGCAGCAAUAGUCGAAGGGGCAAAGAUGUCCGGGGUCGUGAAGCUCGACUUAUCGACUUCAUCAAGCGAUUGCACGGUGGCUACAAGAGUAUACGGGCCGGGCCGCUAUGGCGGCGAGUCAUAUUUCGUUCCAAGAGAAGCCGAAAAUCCGGAAGCAGACGAGGAUGAUGGGUACUUAGUGAACUACGUGCAUGAUGAAAACACGCAAGAAUCCGAGUUCUUGGUUAUGGAUGCCAAAUCGCCCCAUCUUGAUAUUGUAGCCGUUGUUAAGCUGCCUCAACGGGUUCCUUAUGGAUUCCACGGGAUAUUCGUGCCCGAAUGCCAACUCCAUAAGCUCUAAUACUGCACGAAAUUAUCAAUAAGUGACAUUUAUUGAUGAAACUAACAUAAAAGAUGUUUUAUGUUACUAUUUUGUCCUCAUUUUUAUGUGCUUUGUGUGGUAUUUUCAUGUUAAGCUUCCAUUUACAUGAGCGAUCUUUCUUGUGGGAUUUUUCGAAUUUUCCUAGGAUUUGUCUCAAAAGUUGAUUUAUAUCGGUUUUUAGUUAUUGACA